CUAGUAUAUCGCAACAGCUUCCCGAUGCCUUAAGGAAGCCCUGCCCGGCCACGGUCGGCCAGCGAUCUCGUCUCAGCUCCUCCCAUACCAUCUGGUGAAUCGCGUGGUCGCAUUGAAGCAUCGUAGACACUGAUAUUUGCAUCGUAGUGGUUUGUCUGCUCGCGACGCUCAUUACACCAUGGUAUUCACUCCGCCAUCAUGGGUGCCAAAGCUCCCCUUCUCUCCGCCUGACUCAAUCCCCACCUGCGACUUCAUGCUCGAGGAACAUUACGGCAGGCACCCGCUGGGCUACUCGAACAACCCCUUCACCUGCGGGCUGACAGGCAAGACAUACUCGAGCCUCGAGGUGCGCGAGCGUGUCGACUACCUGGCCCGCGGGCUGGCGAAGGAGCUGGGCUUCCACCCGAACAAGGGCUCUGAGUGGGACAAGGUCAUUGGCGUGUUUGCUGUCAACACGCUCGACACGCUGCCGCUGGCGUGGGCGACGCAUCGUCUGGGAGGUGUGCAGAGCCCAGCGAAUGCGGCGUACAGUGCGGCGGAGCUGGAGUACCAACUGAAGAACUCGGAUGCCAAGGCGCUGUUCACGUGUGUGCCGCUGCUGGAGACGGCUAAGGAGGCUGCGAAGAAGAGCGGUAUCCCGGAUCACCGGAUCUACAUUCUCAAUGUGCCGGAGGCUUUCACUGGCGGCAAGGGUGCGCCGAAGGGUAUGAAGACGGUCGAUGACUUGAUCCAGGAAGGCAAAGAGUUGGACAGGCUCGAGAAACUGGACUGGAAAGACGGAGAUGGCGCGAAGAAGGCUGCUUUCCUGUGCUACUCCAGUGGCACAUCUGGACUACCUAAGGGCGUGAUGAUCUCGCACAGAAACGUUAUUGCCAAUACCAUGCAAAUCGGCACCUUCGAAAAGCCCUACAGAGACACCAUCAUCAAAGACCUACGAAACCAGUCCGACUACACCGAGAAUGUCCUCGGCCUGCUCCCCAUGUCGCACAUGUACGGGCUCGUCGUCAUCUGCUACGCCUCCGUGUAUCGCGGCGACGGGGUCAUCGUGCUCCCCAAAUUCGACUUUACCACGACCCUGCAAGCGACCCAAACCUACAAGAUCAACACGCUCUUCCUCGUGCCCCCAAUCAUCAUCUUGAUGACCAAGAACAAGCCGCUGCUCGCCAAGUAUGAUUUGAGCUCCGUCUGGUCGCUCUUCACCGGCGCCGCGCCACUGGGCAAGGAAACGGCGGAGGACAUACAAGCCACCUUCCCCUCUUGGAAGAUUCGGCAAGGCUACGGUCUCACAGAAGCCUGCGCAGUCGUAACCUCCACCUCACCAGACGACAUCUGGUUCGGCUCGUCGGGCAGCAUUUUGCCUGGCACCGAGUGCAAGCUCGUGACCAUCGAAGGCAAUGAGAUCACCGGGUACGACCAGCCGGGCGAGCUGCUCGUCAAGUCUCCAGCUGUGGUAUUGGGAUACCUGAAGAACGAUAAGGCGAACAUAGAGACCUUCCAGGACGGGUAUAUGCGCACGGGUGACAAGGCGGUGGUGAGGAAGGGACCGAACGGACAUGAGCAUGUUUUCGUUGUAGAUCGGAUUAAGGAGCUCAUCAAGGUCAAGGGCCACCAAGUCGCCCCCGCCGAACUCGAAGCCCAUCUCCUGACGCACCCCGCCGUCAACGACUGCGCCGUGAUCCAAAUCCCCGACGACAUUGCUGGUGAGGUACCGAAGGCGUUUGUUGUAAAGUCAUCGUCUGUGGGUCUCGAGGAAAGUGACAGAAUGAUCGCGCGCGAUAUCCAGAAGCACGUCGAGAAGACAAAGGCGACGUACAAGUGGAUCACAGGCGGUGUUGAAUUCAUUGAUGAGAUCCCCAAAUCGCCAUCUGGCAAGAUUCUUAGACGGGUCUUGAGGGACCAGGAGAAGGAGAAGAGGAAGAGGGCGGGCAGCAAGUUCAAAAUACACAAACCCACAAAAAUGUCGGCGCAACAAACCCACGACGAGCCCGAAAUCGACUACCACGACGAAGACAACGUGCUGGACGCCGACGAAGCAGAAGAGAUUGUCGAAGAUGACGGCGACGUGCCCAUGGACAGCGACGAUGAGGGCGACGACGACGUGCAAAUGGAGAUCAACCUGCAAAACGACUCAGUUACCCACUUCGACGAGCACAAGGACUCCAUCUUCUGCAUAGCCCAGCACCCCGUGCACCCCGAGAUCAUCGCAACUGGCGGCGGCGAUGACGUAGGCUAUAUCAUCGACAUCACCGCCGUGCCAGAAACCACGCAAGCAGGCGAGCGCCAAGGGCUGAAGAGCGUCUUCAAGCUCGACGGCCACAAGGACUCGAUCAACGCCGUCGCCUUCUCAGCGCCCAAGGGCCAGUUCGUAGCCACCGCUGGUCUGGACGGGAAACUGCGCGUCUGGCAAGGCGUGCCAGACGGCAAGAAGUGGAAAUUCCUCGCCGAAGCAAGCGAAGUCGAGGAAAUCAGCUGGCUCGCACCGAACCCGUCGCCCGCACACCCCAACAUCAUCGCCCUCGGCGCAAACGACGGCUCGGUAUGGGUGUACCAGCUCUCCACCGAGAAGGGCAACGAACUCCAAGUCCUCCAGGCGUACUACCUGCACACCGAGCCCUGCACCGCCGGCUCGUGGACGCCCGACGGCGCGCUCCUCGCUACCGUCAGCGAGGACAGCAGUCUCUACGUGUGGGACGUCUUCGGCGACGCCGCAUCGCAGGGGCUGAUCGACCCCAGCUCGCAAACCGUCGUCGGCCUGACCGGGCUCGACGAGCGCUUCCUCGUCCAGGGGGGUCUGUACAGCGUCGGCAUCCCGCCAAGCGGAUCCUUCGUCGCCGUGGGCGGUCCGGAGGGCCAGAUCCGCAUCGUCGGGCUCCCGCGCCUGGGCACAGAGGCCGCGUCUGCGAGCUCAGGCGGUGCAGGCGCAAAGGGUAAGGCGGGAGGGAGCAAACAAGCGCCCGCCAAGGGGUCGUCCGCGAGCGCUGGCCAGACUGGACAGAUUCUGGCAAGUUUGCAGGCGGGAAGCGACAACGUGGAGACACUGAGUUUUACGAGUGCACCGCUUACGCUCAUGGCCGCGGGUAACGUUGACGGGAGCAUAACGCUGUUCGAUACAGCGCACCGCUUCGCCGUACGCAGGAGGAUCGAAGACGCACAUGCCGACGACGAGAUGCCGCAAGCAGUCGUCAAGCUCGAGUUUGUCAACAAGGAGGGCGCUGGUGGGUGGCUGCUCACAAGUGCGGGCUUCGACGGUGUGGUGAGGAGGUGGGACGCACGAGGCGGGACAACGGCGGCUAACAAGGGGUUGGUUGGCGAGUGGAAAGGGCAUCGAGGUGGAGGCGAGGGCGGCGGUGUUAUGGGUUUUGUUCAGGGCGGUGGCGAGGUUAUUGUCACGGCGGGAGACGAUCAUGUUGUGUUAGUGUAUGAUGCGCCGUUGACGCAGUAGCAAGCGUAGAAGCCUCUGCAGGGAGGAUGUGAGGGAGAUAGAUACCACGAUUAUAUGAAAUGAGAAGAGCACGG